GAGCGAUAGAGACCAUGUCCCUUGGGUCCCUGGGUUCCCUCCUCACCCGGAGGUUCUUGCCACGCGGGAUCCCCAGCGCGCAGGCGGAGUCCUCGUCGGGGAUCGUCUCCAAGGCGGCGGCAGCGGCGGGAAGGCCAGCACGCUCUCUUCACACCCUCAGGCAUCUUGCCGUUGGCGAUGGCGCUCUUGGUACUGCAGCCGUGGCUGCGUUGGCUGGAUUGUUCGGAUUUCUGUAUUUCAAGAAAGAUACAGAUGAGUCAGCUGGCAAGGUGACCGGCAAGAAGGAGGUGCCUGAGAAGAAGCCCAUCAGUGAGGGGGACAUGAAGAGGGCAGCCUUCAAGGCAAGGUUCGUGGACAAAGACGGACACUUUGCCUGGCGUGAGUACUUAGAUUACCUCAGCUCUCUAAGCUAUCAUGAGGGGAGGCCUCUUUACAACAAAGAGGUGUCUGAUAAGGAGGCCAUCGAGGAGGUGACUGACAGGGAGGCCGUGAAGCAGGAUGACAUGAAGGACGAGGCAGCCAUGAAGGUAAGGUUCGAUGACUGGAUGAAGGAGUAUGGCCGGACAUACAAGAAUGAGGAGGAGAAGGCCCGGCGGUAUGAAGUAUUCGAGGCGAGGGCGAAGUAUGCCGACAAGCGUAACGCAUCAAAGCGAAGUGGUGCCCGUUUUGGCACUAACGAAUAUGCGGACUGGACUGAGGAAGAGUGGAAUAACUUGGGCCGUCGUGGCGACUUUCCCUGGGAGGAGUACCUUGACCACAUCGAUUCUAUGAUUGCUCAGGGGAGGGUCCUGUACGUCAAAAAUGGGUCGAUAAGAAGGACAUCCAAGAGUGACUGCCAGUGAGGCCGUGAAGCAGGUAUAUAUAUAUCCCUAAUUAUCUGCACAAGUAUCGUUGUUCCUUCUGUGGCAUUUUCAUGUUUUGCAGUGAAUUCUUGAUUCAGAAUUUAGAUCAAGUUACUUACCACGUGUGUGUGACUCCCGAGUUAUUAGGCAUCAGUAUUUGACAAACCUUACUUCAUUAUUCAGUUUGACCUAUAUAAAACCACAUUGCACUAGAAAAUCCAUUGGAGAACAAUGUGCCUUUGUAGGGUCCACCUCACCUUGAGUGAUGUUAAGUAUGGAAAUGUAUUUAGCCUGGCUGGCUUUCCUUUGUUCGAGCAGAUGAUGACACCAUUAUAUCCUUUGUCUGCAAUCUACCAUAGGUACAGGUUCAAACAUCAUAAGCCAGUGAGUUAAGCAC